CCCACCCUUAUCUGAUGCGGUCAUUGUGAUCGCCUGGUCACUAAGAUUCGGGAACAUGCAUAUUUAGCUACACACGCGUAGACAAGAUCUUGGCUUAGAAGCGGGGCCAGCGCGGUGGCGGGGAAGGGACACGAGCCGUCAAUCCGAAGCCCCGCCUCCCGGGUCGCACGGCGGGAGCCAGCGCCUUGAGGCUGGUAUCCGGAAGUCAGAGACUAGCGGAGCGAGCGCAGUCUCUGUGCCAACCGUGUUGUCGUGCUGUCCUCUCCUCUCAGCUCCCCGCCGGAAGUGGAGAUUACCCCAAAAUGCCCUGCAGCAAACAGGAACAGACCUAAGCCCACGAAGAGACUGUCAGAUGUACCUCUUCUGGGGCCCCCAGAGUGGAGGGGCUCAGAUUCGUUCUCCUUUUGAGAUUGGUUCUUCUCGCAUUCCAACAGGAAGAAAGCCUGCAGAUUUGAACCUACCUGCUUUCAAGCUGGUCAUCAUGAUGAAACUUAGACACAAGAAUAAAAAGCCAGGUAAAGGUUCCAAAGGCUGCAAGAAGCAGAAUGGGAAGAAAGCAGCCUCCAGAGUGGCCUCCGCUCCCCAGUUUGUUCACUCCAAUGAUCAUGCCAAUCGGGAGGCUGAAUUAAAGAAGAAGAGGGUUGAGGAGAUGAGAGAGAAGCAGCAGGCUGCCCGGGAACAAGAGAGACACAGACGCAGGACCAUCGAGAGCUACUGUCAGGAUGUCCUGCGACGCCAGGAGGAGUUUGAACGCAAGGAAAAGGUUUUGCAGGAAUUAAAUAUGUUUCCUCUGCUGGAUGAUGAGGCCACAAGGAAGGCUUAUUACAAGGAGUUCCGUAAGGUGGUGGAAUACUCGGAUGUGAUUCUGGAAGUCCUGGAUGCCAGGGACCCGUUGGGCUGCCGUUGCUUCCAAAUGGAGGAGGCUGUACUGCGGGCAGAAGGCAACAAGAAGCUGGUCCUGGUCUUGAACAAGAUUGACCUUGUCCCCAAGGAGGUUGUGGAAAAGUGGCUGGAUUACCUUCGGAAUGAGCUGCCAACUGUGGCUUUCAAGGCCAGUACCCAGCAUCAGGUCAAAAACCUGAAUCGUUGCAGUGUGCCAGUGGAGCAGGCCUCUGAGUCAUUGCUGAAAAGCAAAGCCUGCUUUGGAGCUGAAAAUCUCAUGAGAGUUCUGGGGAACUAUUGCCGCCUUGGCGAAGUGCGAACCCAUAUCCGCGUGGGUGUUGUGGGCCUUCCAAAUGUUGGGAAGAGCAGCCUGAUCAAUAGCCUGAAGCGCAGCCGUGCGUGCAGUGUGGGAGCUGUUCCUGGCGUCACCAAGUUCAUGCAGGAGGUCUACCUGGACAAGUUCAUCAGGCUGCUGGAUGCCCCAGGCAUUGUCCCAGGACCCAACUCAGAGGUGGGCACCAUCCUGCGCAACUGCAUCCAUGUGCAGAAGUUGGGGGACCCUGUGACCCCGGUGGAGACCAUCCUGCAGCGCUGCAACCUAGAGGAGAUUUCCAACUAUUACGGCGUCUCUGGGUUCCAGACCACUGAGCACUUUCUGACAGUGGUGGCCCACCGCUUGGGGAAGAAGAAGAAGGGAGGCAUAUACAGUCAGGAGCAGGCGGCCAAAGCUGUCCUGGCUGACUGGGUGAGCGGGAAGAUCAGCUUCUAUACACUCCCACCUGCCACCCACACUCUACCUGCCCAUCUCAGUGCUGAGAUUGUUAAGGAGAUGACUGAGGUCUUUGACAUUGAGGAUACCGAGCAGGCCAACGAAGACACCAUGGAAUGCUUGGCCAGUGGAGAAUCUGAUGAGCUGUUGGGUGACAUGGACCCGCUCGAAAUGGAGAUCAACUGGCUCCAUUCUCCGGUGAUGAAAAUAGCAGAUGCCAUGGAAAAUAAAACCACCGUGUAUAAGAUUGGAGAUCUCACUGGGUACUGCACCAAUCUAAACCGUCAUCAGAUGGGGUGGGCUAAGCGCAGCGUGGACCACCGCCUCAGGAACAAUAGCACGGUGGAUGUCUGCCCAGUGGACCACCGCCCGAUGCUGCAGAGGAUCAUGGAGACGGACCCCCUGCAGCAGGGCCAGGCUCUGGCAUCUGCCCUGAAGAAUAAGAAAAAGAUGCAGAAGCGUACAGAUAAACUUGCCGGCAAGCUGUCUGAUACAAUGAUGUCUGUCCUCGACCUCUCUGGCAAUGCUGAUGACAGUGCUGGUGACUGAUCGACUGAUCUCACCCCCUACCUCCAAGCGCCAGUUUCAGUGGGACGGCGGAAUACAGAUGAAAUGGUUUGCUUCUCCCUGAAGCACCUACAUAUUAAAAGAACACCCCCCGCACUGUUUCCUCCAUUCUCCAGGGGAAAAAAAAGUCCCAAGUGGCUGGAACUGGCAAACCCAAUACCCUUUAUUUAACCCCUACUUCGUUAUAUAAGAGAAAUAAAAGAAAUUAUCAGCAGA